AUGUCUUUAAUCCCCUACCGUGCGGCAGUUGGAUUCCUGCUCUAUCUCUCAUCUACCACUAGACCGGACAUUGCCUACGGCGUUGGACAAGUGUCAAAAUUUUGCGAAAACCCACAGCCGGCGCACUGGAACGCAGUCAAACGUAUAUUCGCUUAUCUGAAAGGUACGCUCGACUUUGGUAUAUGGCUGGGUGGACGGAAGGAUGAAGGAGCCGUAGUCUAUACCGACGCCGACUACGCCAGUGAUGUAGACGACCGAAAAUCCAUCUCAGGAUGCAUCGCUUUCUACAAGGGAGGGCCAGUCGCAUGGUCGUGCAGGAGACAAGAAUGUGUUUCUAUCUCAACUACCGAGUCGGAAUAUGUGUCCUUAUCAGAUGGAGCGAAGACAGCUCUUUGGCUCAACGCGCUGGCUAACGGCCUAAACUCGUCUCCGGUCCCAAUGGAAAAGUCUUCAGGCGACGAGGUACCACCAAAUCCCGUUAAGAUGUAUUGCGACAAUCAAAGUGCUGUUUGUCUGGUCAAAAAUCCGGUCCAUCCGCGGCGAUCAAAACACAUCGACGUGAGAUAUCACUUUGUUAGACAGCUGCAAGAAAACAACAAGAUCGCCGUCGAAUUCGUUAGCUCCAAAGACCAACUGGCCGACAUCUUCACGAAGGCUUUGCCAGCGCCAAGGUUCCAAGAGUUACGUGAACGCAUCGGGGUAGGACCAUACGAGAAGAAUUGA